CAACAAGCCUGUUUGGUGGAAACACAACUGGUGGGAAAAUGUGUAUAUCUUUCUUUGUGUAUUUGAGAAUAUUCAUAUGGAAAUCUGUUGCCAAUUUGCUGGAAACCUAGCUAUCGACGUUCUUAACGAGGCUCGUCUCACAUUGGUGACCGCAGAUCAAAGCUGAGAAUGUAACAUUUGACUUUAUUUUUUAAAAAGUUUGCUUAUAUUUCUCAAAAAAGUAUGUAAACACUACGAGGCAACACCUAUCCUUUAUCAGUAUGCUAUAAUUUUGUUGUCAAUCUGCAGAGGUCAGAACAACAGCACCUGUGUGAAACUCCUUAGGCCAGAGCUGUAUGUGACUAUCCCAGUCUUUAGCCAGGUGAAACAUUUGAUUUCAGUCUUGGUAUAGGAAAGCCAUCUAGAAAAGGUAGGCUAUAUAGGAAAUCAGGAGUAUGAUUUUUGGAUUUGCAUUAUAUUAUUCAUGUUUUUUGGCAGGUUGUUGCAUGUUUUCCUCCUUUAACGUGACCACUGAGAAAUGUCUGUUUAUAUAUAUAUAUAUAUAUAUAUAUAUAUAUAUAUGGCUUUGGUGCGAUGAUGUAAUUCACAGGGAUACACAGAUAUUUAUGAAAAAGUAAGCAUAGUCUGGACUGAUAUUAAUAUUAAUUUUUUAUCAUGGCGUCUUUAUUUGGCUUUUCAAUAUUUUACCACCACUACCACCCUCAAUCCCAUGCUCCAUUGGCUGAUUAUAUUCUCCCAUCUGUGUAUGAAACAGCAUGGUACCUGAGUAAAGCCUCUCUUCAACAUUUCAGUCUCUAUCUAGCUAAUCACCUUUGAUAAAUGCUACGACAUUAAUUGCAGAACAAGGUGACUUUGGAUAAGUGAGUACACUGCUCAGGAAAGUGCAAGGUGACAUCUUUUUAGACUGAGUUUAUACACCAUUCAUAACCCUCUAACACCAAUAUUUCGAUGACAAACGAGUCAAUCCUUUGUUGUAUGAUUUACUUUUAGAGGUUUUUGCCAAGGAAAGGACCUCUUCUUCAAUGACAAAGGACUCCUACUCCCAGAAUCCUACAAGAUUGGCUGGAUGGAGGCUAUUGUUGACGACAAAUUAAUCUCUAUCACCAUACCUGGCAAAGAACAACUGUUGAGUCCUCGCUUUGUGUGUGUGUGGUGGGGAGGUUCUUCAGUAUGACAGGAAUCCAUUAUAUGUUUAUGAUUCAGUGAGGGAAGGGUUAACCUCUCCGGAUCUCUUUAAAGUGAGGAGGAGGGCCUGCUGGGAACUAGCUGAGACUGGCUGAGCCCUCCCUACAAGCUACUUCCCUGUAAGAAAACCAAACUGCGCAACAAGCAGACUAGUCUGCCACUGUGAUUGCACAGGACCUGUAGAGGUGUCCAUCUCAAUUGCAGGAACGGGUCGCAGUUGUACAUGAGAACUGGUUCUCAACUAUCCUACCUAGUUAAAUAAAGGUGAAAUGAAAUAAAACCACCCAGGUGGGUGCUAUACAUUGUAAGCGGAUGAUGUGUGUUUCCCAGAAGAUGGGGUUUCAUGUUGUUCACUACCUUCAUGUGUCGCAGAAGCUCUAAACCCACUCAUCACCACACUUCAUGUCAUGCCCUAUCUCCUAUCAUCUUUCAAUAAGGCAAGAGAUAACUGCAAUUUAGUAAAGCAGAGCAACAAAAUAAUGGGUAGAUUCACUUUAAUGUUGUCCACAUGGGAUGGAAACUUUUUGUCACUAUGACCCAAUACACACUGUAGCAGUGACAGUAAGAUAGCCCUUAUUUAGGGCAAAUUCAGAGUGCUGUACAAUGCAAUACAUCCUCAAACGAAAUAGAUAGUUGGUUCUUUAAAAAAAAGUUGUAUCCUCCAGAUACAACACAGACUUCAUCAGAUGUUAUUGGAAUGAAUGUGCACCUUUUAACAUCAUGACUUACAGUAUAAGGCAUACACUUAUUUUAACAUUAAGAUGAUUGUUCUGCCUUUUGUUUUAGAGCUGUGUAACCAAGAGUGGCCAGCAUGUCAGUGACUGUGACCAAAGGUGGAGGGGUGACUGUAUUUACAGUGAACUCUAAAGAAGGAAGCAGUUGGCCCCUGCUGUGUCAAAUACUUGGGACCUUGUGCUACAGCCCAGCAUGCUCUGUGUCCCAGGGACUGAGGAGGCUCCAAUCAAGUUCCCAGUCAGCUCUGGGGACUAUACAGAUCAUGGUGGGAGUUCUCAACAUUGGCUUGGGAGCGAUCCUUGUUAGCACUGAUUAUACUAGCUUACUGCGAUGGAAUGGGGUUCCUUAUUGGCUUGGUGGUGUGUUUAUAGCAGUUGGCAUCAUGUGUAUCUUGGCUGAGAAGUUCCCCAGUCCCUGCUUGGUGGGCAUCAAUGUGUUGAUGAACCUGUCAGGUGCUGCUCUGGCCAUUACUGGAAUUGUGCUGUAUGCUGUAGACCUGGCAAACUACAAUUUCUGGUGGAUUUGCAAUGAUGACCAUUACAAUUGGCAAGAUGACUACUAUGGUGGCCAGGUGACAAAACCCCCCAGUGAUCCGGAGAGGGAUAGACUCUUGGCGAAAUGCAAAGGUGCCAAGCAGAUUGCACAGAUGUUGAUGAAUGCCUUGGACAUUGUGCUCAUCGUCCUUGCAGUUCUUCAGCUUUGUGUCACCAUAAGCUCUGCGGUGUUGGGUCUCAAGGCUUUGUACAAGAAUGGAAAGGAGGGAAAAGAGAACAUCCGGGACCUGGAGCAGUAUAAGCCUCUGCUGGAGGAGGUCACCACUAACCCUGCAGCUUAAAGAGCACUGAUCUGAUCUGAUAUACUUUAUUGACCACGUGGGGAAAUUUGUCAUGGACGAUUAAAGAGUGGUGUUGCUUCCACAUGGAUUAUAUAAAUAAAUAGAAUCAAAUGUAUUCUUCAUAAAUGGAUCAUCCUACAACCACCUCCCCACCCUCACAUUUGUUGUUAUACAUACAGUAUGUAGUACAUAUAGUUCACCUACUUAAUUUACUGUAAUGCCUGCUGUGACUUUACUUUGUGUAAAUGACAACUGACACUGAUUGUAUGUCUUCAUGCGUUUCAUAUUUGUCAUUUUUCCAAAACUGAAAGGACAGUUAUAAAGGGGACUAUAUCAAGUAAAUUACUGAAUUGACUGUUGUAUAU